UCUGAAGAGCUUAAAUCCAACCCUAUUAUAUAAAAGAGCGCAGAGAACUCAGAAGAGGACAUUGCAGCUCGAGUGCAUGCACCCUAUGCAGCUUUUUAUGCAGUCAUAAGCAGAGCAAAGAUGAAGUUUGAGACCAUCCUCGAGGAAAUCGAUGGGUUUGGGCGUUUCCAAAUCGCCAUCCUCAUCCUGCUGUGCACCUCGCGGAUGGUCCUCCCCUGUCACUUCUUACUAAAUAACUUCAUUGCUGCUGUGCCCCCUCACCACUGUGACAUUAGCACGCUGGAGAAGUCUUCAGAAGAACUCUUCAGAAAUUUAACUCGGGAGCAGAAACUGACUGUCAGCCUUCCUGUACGAGAAGAUGGGGAGCCGAAAUCCUGUGAGAUGUUCGCAGAGCCUCAGUUUCAGCUUUUAUCCAACAGCUCCAACCGCACUGACCUGCCCACAGUUUGGUGUCAGAGUGGAUGGGUUUAUGACAAUUCCACCUUCAUUUCCACGCUGGCCACAGAGUGGAACCUUGUCUGUGAUAAAAAGAGCCAGACAAAAACCACAAACACAAUAUUCUUCGUUGGAGUUAUGAUCGGAGCCCUAGCUUUUGGAUUCUUCUGUGAUAAGUAUGGGAGAAAAACCAUGCUUCUGGUCUCUUACAUUUUGUCGAUCGUGUUCGGCUUCUCCAGCACAUUUGCAAACUCCUACACACUGUUUGCAGUGCUGAGAUUUUUCACUGGAUUUUCACUGACAGGAAUCAGCGUCAUCUCAAUAGUUCUCACGUACUUCCACCUAGUCAAAACACCGAGAAUGAGAUGGUUAACUUUUUUACUUGGAAUUGUUUGGUAUGGAGUCGCCUCAACAUACUAUGGAAUCAGCUUGAACAUCACUGGGUUUGGUUUGAAUAUGUACCUCACACACUUUAUCUAUGGAGCCAUUGAAGUUCCUGCCAAGCUCACAAUUUAUUGUUUUCUCAACAUCAUUGGACGAAGGAAAUGCCAAUCAGGCACGCUGCUACUGACAGGGAUCUGCAUCGGGAUAAACAUCUUUAUUCCCAAAGAUUUGUGGCACGUGCGUGCCAUUGUUGCCACACUUGGAAAAGGCCUUUCAGAAGCUUCAUUUACAACCAUCUUCCUCUACACCGCUGAGCUUUACCCUACCGUGACCAGGUCAGUGAUUCACUUACUUCCAAUCCCUUGACCCAUGCCAGUUAUUUUUUAUU